AUGUCCAGGCGACAAGACAUCACAUCAGAGUCGCUCGUAGCGCUCACCAAAGACGUGAGCGCCCUCCUAGCAUUGUCCUACGAAGCCGCGGCGUCGGCGAUUGGGGAUCUUUGGGGCGGGGCGUUGGUUACGGUCGGGGCUUCUGAUGGUAUUGGAACUUCCAAGGAGCCCCUUAGCCGCGGCGAGUCAUGGGAACUAGGAAGGAGUAAAGCUUUAGUCAUUCUGGGCUGCAAUGAAGUCAUUCCCCAAGCCCUCACCCUCCAACUCGCCAAGCAAGGCUACACCCUCUUCCCCUUCAUCUCCAUCACCCCCUCCUCCUCCUCUUCCUCCCCGCUACCAGACCUGCUCCAAAAAUGGUCCGUCCUGCAGAAACGAUUGAGGGCGCAGCAUGCGAAUCAUUCCGGGGCUGUUGUGCCUGUGAUUGUGGACCCUGAUGGAGCGGCUUUGAAUGGCGAUGUGUAUCUCGGGGAGCUUGGAGGGCAGGAUGGGAAAAUUGGGAAGGGGAAAGGGAAAGACAAAGAAGGGGGCAGGUUUGCGCAUGGUUGCGACACUGUGCGCGCGUACUGUCACGAGAACAAGCUCGUUCUUUCCGCCAUCAUCUGCCCCAACUUUUCCAAUCGCCCGCCUUCAGACGUGCCGAAAGUGCCCUGCUUGGUGAAUGGAAAUGGCAAAGGAAAAGAGAAGGUGAAUGGGUACAUCACCGAGAAGAGAGUGAGGUGGGCCCCGGGAGACGGAACGGGAUUGCUAGACGCAACAGAGAAAGACCUCUUGCGGGCAUACAGACUAAACGUCCUGGAUCCCCUCUCUGUCAUCCGGGAACUUCAAGACACUCUUUUUCAUCAAGGCGGCGGACGUAUAGUCCUCCUCAACACUGCCUCUGCGACAGCUUCCGCGGAAUGGCCAAACUCGCGUUGCGGAACCAAGACGGAACUGUUCAUGGAGAGUGUUAGGGAAGAGAUGGCGGGGUCGUUGAGGAAUGAGCUGGGGCGGGCUGGUGUCAAGGUCUGUGAAGUGAUGGUCGGGCCGUUGUCAAAGACCGCACUCCUCACCUCCCCCAUAUCCUCUCCACCUAAAGCCCUCCCUCCCCAAAACCCCUCCCACCCCCCAAGCUCCGCAAACCGCCUCAUAACUCUCAACCCCAUCACCCCCCAUCAACCUCCUCAACCACUCAUAAACACCCUUUUCCUCACCGACCCGCCCCUACUGCACAUGGCUCUCUCCCACGCCCUCACUGACGUCCAUCCGAGAAAGAGGCUGAAUGCGGGAUUGAAGCCGGUGUUGGAAGAUUUGUGUAGGAGGUUGCCUGGGGGGUGGGUGUUGAGGUGGGUGUUGGGGAGGGGAUUGAGAGCUGCUGGAGGAGGGACGUAG